GACUCCCUCCGCGAUCUCUAGAGUCGUUUUUUUUGCUGUGGUGGCCCCCUGUGUGCUAAUCCUUAAACGAUUUUAACGUUUGUCUCAGUCUUCCCAUUUCAAUACUUGUUUCAUGUAUAUUCUGCCCUCGUCUCAUGGUCUCCCUGUUUACUGACCUCAUUGCCUAGUAUUAAAAUGCACAAGCUUAAGUCAUCGCAGAGAGAUAAAGUCAAAAAAUUUAUUGCUUUCACUCAAACUGGUGAAGCUACAGCAAUAUUUUGCCUUGCUCAGAAUGAAUGGAAGUUGGAGCUUGCAUCGGACAAUUAUUUUCAGAAUCCUCAUGUUUAUUAUAAGGAGCCAAAAGUGUCAGUAGAUAGAAAAAGGCUAGAACUGUUAUUUAAUAAAUACAAAGACCCUCAGGAGACAGAUAAAAUGACUGCUGAUGGUAUAGUAAGGUUUUUGGAUGACUUAAAUUUAAGUCCGGAUUCUAAAUUGGUUCUGAUAAUUGCCUGGAAGUUUCGAGCUGCUGCUCAGUGUGAAUUUUCAAGAGAAGAAUUUAUGACGGGCAUGACGGAAUUGGGAACGGAUUCAGUUGAAAAGUUAAAGGCGCGGCUACCAUCAUUAGAUGCUGAGCUAAAAGAUAAUUUAAGAUUUAAGGAUUUCUAUCAGUUUACAUUUAACUAUGCUAAGAACCCUGGACAGAAAGGCUUGGAUUUGGAUAUGGCCAUCACAUACUGGAAUAUUGUGCUUCAAGGGAAAUUCCGGUUUCUAGAUUUGUGGUGCAAGUUUCUCCAGGAUCAUCACAAGUGCUCCAUACCUAAAGAUACAUGGAACCUACUUCUGGAUUUUGCCUUGGUUAUUAGCGAAGAUAUGGAUAAUCAUGAUGAAGAAGGGGCAUGGCCUGUCCUUAUUGAUGAUUUUGUAGAAUGGGCUCGACCAAUCGUCAAAGGGUCAAGUACUUUACCUCCUCAUAGUACACAAGUGUAAAGUAAAUUCAUUGUGACAUUUUAUAGGUACACUUUUGUGUGGGUACAUAGAUUGUUUCCUGACUAAUGUGGCCUCUUUCACAAUAUACUUGGGAUAGUUUUCAUUUUCUCAAGAGGUAUGUUAAUAUUUUUUAAAGACACAGAAGAAUUGUGAUGUUGUUAUGUUUGUGAUACAAAGUAUGUUAAAAUUAAAACUAGCCUUACUUUUUUUUUUGUUUUUAUGAAAUUGUUUUGUAAAGAUCUCCUUCACAUUCUUUCAUAGAAGUUUUCUCAAUUUAUAUUUGGGGUGAUGGCUGUCUAUUGUAGGUAGACUCAAAAGUUUUUGUUUAUCAAAACUUGAAAGUCAUCCAUAAUUGUCAGCUGAAAAGAUGGUAGUCAAGUCAUCCGUAUCCUUUUGUUUGUGUUAUUAUCCUGUCAUUACAUUUAUGUACUGCCAUAGAGUCGAGGUACUGUAAGUGCCAUAGGUAAAAAAACACACUAUAGGUAGUGUUUACGUGUGACAGUUCUUUUAUGUGAGUUUUGGAAUAUUUCCAGUGAUUAACAAAAAUUUGGCAAUACAUGAUGUUUGUAAGCUAUGGCUGUGAGUGUUUCAGCACCAUAGCAUUUUAAAAACCUCGAGAACUCUAUGACUCAAGUCAUGUGAUGCCCUCUUGUCAAGGAAGCAUUCACACCCUCACCUGGAAACCUGUUCUUAAAUAUUUUUAUCAUCAUCGAGACACGUAGGCUUCCGUUUAGUUUGAUGUGAAAUAUGUAGUGAUACAGUGGAAUAUUUUCAUUAGCAAAUUUUGAGGGGGAAAUCUUUUAACAUAAUUUGAGUAUAGCAGAUAAAAUAUUUUUAUUGUUACAGCUAUACAUAAGGCAAGCUCAUUAGAAGAUGGUUUCUAGGCAGGUCAGGCAUGGAAUUAUGUAUAGGGCAGACAAGAAUUAACCUGUGAAAUCAUAACGUGUUGAAACUGUGAGCAGUCUUUAGCUUCAGCACCCAUUGUGUAGUUUAAUUUCUAAUUAUCAAAGUAAUGCACAUUCUCAUUUAGAUUUCAUUUACAAGGAAGACAUGUUCUUAAGUUACUUCUCUCUAGUUUGCAUAAGAGUGUCUAUUGAAUUAGCCCCUGUUAGGUUGCUAGUUGAUCUACCGAUAUUUGAGAAGGUAAAAUGGGCCAUUUUCAACAUGUUAAGCUUAAGCAGAUAGUUUUUCUUGUUUAUUACUCAUGAGUGAGUGUGUGGACUGGGCCCAGUUGUUUCUGUUUCUAUGGACAGUUUCGGUAUCCCCCCUAGUUUUCCUUCCAGAUGCAGUACUUGGACUUUAGCGUUUGUGCCCAGCUGUUGAGUUUUUAAGUUGACGUAUUUGUGUUCAAACAAAUCUUUAAACAAAAAUUAUUGUAUCAGAGCAAGAGUAGUGUGAUCAUGAUCGUCAAAAGUACAAAUUUAGAUGCAGUCCAAAUUUAUCAAGAUGGAUUUGUUAUGGUCUGUUGUGUCCAUUGGAAAUUUAAUGUUUUUACAAGAAGUGCAUGUAUUUACUUACAAGACACGUGCACUUUUUCCUAGUACUUUGUGUUGAAAUGAGUGAUGCAGAACUCCUCUCAAAACACUGUACUGUAUUAAAUAAAUUCCUUUAUUUAAACUAA